AUGGCUGAAUUCGUGAUCCAAGACGACAAGCUUUCUGCCCUCAAGGGCAAGGUUGUCAUUGUUACAGGUGGUUCUUCGGGAAUCGGAUUGUCUACUGUGGAAUUCCUUCUGUCCCUGGGUGCUUCAGUCGUCAACGGAGACGUUCAGCCUCCCCAGAAGCAGCACGAGGGUCCCUUUACUUUUGUCAAGACUGACGUUUCCGUCUGGGCUGACCUCGUUGCUCUCUUUAAGAAGGCAAAGGAGGUCUACGGUCGUAUUGACCAUGUCUUUGCCAAUGCUGGCCUCGGACCUCGUGCCGAUUACUUGUCUACCCAGGUUGAUGAUAACGGCGACCUGAUCGAGCCAACACAUGCCCUUAUGGACGUCAGCUUGAAGGGUGUCGUCAACACAUGCACUCUCGCGAUUUACUACCUGAGACAACAAGCUGAGGGUGGAAGCAUUGUUAUCAGUGGUUCUACCACCGGUCUCCAGCGUGUACGAGCUGUUGAUUACUCAACUGCCAAGCACGGAGUCAUUGGCUGGGGUCGAGGUCUUGUUCCUCUCCUCGAUGCUGCCAAACUUCCUAUCCGCGUCAACACUCUGGCGCCCAGCUGGACAGAAAGCAGUGUCCUGCCCGAGCUCAAGAUGCUUCUUAACGCCAUCAACGUUGAGCUACAGCCUGCUUCUGUUGUUUCACGAUGUGCCGCUUUCUUGAUGGCUGAUGAGUCCAAGAACGGCCAGCUUGUGCACAUUGAGCGUGGCAAGUAUGCUGAGAUUGACGAGGCUAUCUUGUUGCCUGCUUUCGGAAAGAUUAAGAGCGACGAUUACCCAUUUGAGGAUGAUGUUUUGAGGCGUCUGAGCGAGCUUGCAUAA